AUGUUUCUUCUCAAGAUCGUUCAAUUGAUCAAACACUUCCUUUGGCAAUUCCACCGUGAGCAAGUUGCUUUGUAUACGUUCUGGAGUGACAGACUUGGGCAAUACGACAUCACCUCUUUGAAUGUUCCACGAAAUCAAAACUUGAGCUGGUGUGAUUCCAAGAUCGUUGGCGAUCUUCUUGACGUCUUCAAGGUCACGAAUCGAACCUUCGGUGGAUCCCAAUGGCGAGUAAGCCUCAAUACGAAUGUUGUUCUUCUUCAACAAUUCAAGCAAUUCUGGUUGCUGCAACAAUGGGUGAGCCUCAACUUGGUUAACAACUGGCACCACAUCAACAUCCUUGUCGGCCAACAAACGUUCAAUUUGCUUUGGAGUGAAGUUGGAAACACCGAUUGCUCUGAUUUUCUUGGUGUUCUUGUAGAUUUUUUGCAACUCCUUGUAAGUGUCAAGGUAGUCCCAGUCUGGGUACUCCUUUUCAGUCUUAGGGUCCUGGGCAACAGGCCAGUGAAUCAAGUACAAGUCGACGUAGUCAACCUUCAAUCUCUGCAAAGACUGUCAGAGCUCUCGACUUCUUAUGUUUGUGUCCACAAUUUGUGUCAAAAAAUCUCAUCUCUCUGGAACCUUGGACUCGACAAUUCCAUUCCCAUACUUCUUCUUCGUUUCCAUAAAUGGCAGCACCAUCAAUGUGUCUGUAACCUGCUUGCAAAGCAAUACGGACAGCAUCGCCAACUUUACCCUUCUCGGAUUGCCAAGUUCCCAAUCCAAGGGCUGGAAUUUUCACACCAUUGUUCAAGGUGUAGACGGUGGUACUUUUAG